AUGAAGGGACUGCGUAAACUGACAGCAUCUGCAAUGGCACUGUUCUUGGCAGUGUCCUUCAUAUCUUUCUCCUGGAGCGCGCCUCAGGCUCAUUUCCAAAGGAGAAAUUGGACUCCUCAGGCUAUGCUCUAUUUGAAGGGUGCACAGGGACGUCGAUUCAUCUCAGAUGAGAGCCAGCGAAAGGAUCUGUAUGACAGAACGCAGCUUGAAACACGCAGCCAAAACACAAAUCCUUUAUCUCUUUCUGAAGCUGCAGCGCUGUUCCUUAGUUCCUUACGGGAAGCCCAAGAAGUUGAAGAAGAAAACAGUGAUCACCCUGUCUACUUGACAGAUAAUCUGUCAAAUUGGUGA